AUGUUUGGCGAGGGUGAAGUUGCAAAGUCUGGCACUCGUGGCCGGAAGGUUGAGUUGAAGAACAAAGACACGGCUGGUCAGAACGAGCCAAGGUGUCGGCGAAUCCAGUGGGCGUUCCUCAGCAUCGCUUCUCGACCUUAUCUGACACAGUCGAUUGAGGUCCUUCAGUGGGUCAUGUUUCCUGACCAAGAGACCGUUCUCAGACGAUGGAUGGGUGGCCCGUUGAGAGGAUACAGCAGGAAAGCGAGAGUGAUGAGCCAGGUCUUUCUGGAUGACUGCUGGCUUCCGCUUCGAGAUUGGCCACGCGAGUGCACCCGCGCAUGGGACGCAUUUUGCCCAGAGCUCAGUGCAGCGCUCUCCGCGAUGCCGCAUCUACAAACGCUGGAGUUGCGAGAAUACCGCAGCUUGCCAGGCUAUCACCCUAUCAAGGGCCAUGGCGCAAUCUCCUACAAGGAUGGCCCCAAAAUCGGAAGCCUGGACUGGAACGAUAAGACCAGCUUGACAGAGCCGUACAAGUUCCUUGCUCAGGCCAUUGAGAACAGAAACAACAACAUGGAGGAGUCGGACUGGGUCGGGAACGCGGUGGUCUCCUGGACCAGGUUUGACGUUUCUGACAAGGUGGCCAGCGUCACCUACUUCCGCCCCGUCCCCAUAGCGGAUCUCCAGCACAUCAGGAACGUCGACAUCUGUUUACCUCGCUCCGGCACGGACUGUGUGAGGACUCUUGCGACUAUCCUAAGUUCGCUCCAGUGUCUCGAGAGCCUCACUGUUCGCUACAAACCCGAUCCCGGGUGUCGCAUCCCACCAGCAUCAGAUUCCAAUCCGGAGCUCGCUACGGCCUUUUUCGACUCACUUGUCUGUGGUGAUGCUCGCUGGCCUCGCCUCUGCAUGCUUAGUCUGAUCCGCUUGAAGAUACCCGCGGCCGUGAUGGCGAGCUUCCUUGCAUUGCACGCCCCCGGGCUCCAGCAGGUCGAGUUCAGGGACUGCAAGCUCACGACGGCACACAUCGAGGCAAUCGCUUCGAUCCAGCUCCCUAAGCUGUCUUGGUUUACCGCCUUCACGCCAGAAGCCAAGGAAGACAUCUCGCCGGCGGAAUUCACGGACUACCUGAAAAAUAACCAAGGCAACUUGGCCAGCGGAUCCUCCUCCCGUGUCGGCACGCACCUUGAGUCCCAACCGGGGGACGCGUUCGUCAGCGUCUUCGAACCCGUCGACGAGCAGGAUCGUUCUAUUCCUCACGGGACCUGGUCACUGCCGUCGCUCACGGGCGGCUACAUCUUCGACGUGACGCCGCGCAUGUCAACUUUCGGCUCGGGAGCUGAGAGCUUCAAGGCUUUGUGGCGAUGGGCACGGUCCAACCCCUCUCGCGACAUUUACUACUGGCAAGCAGACCCCGGCGACGCUCAGGCGGAGCCGACCUACACAUGGAGUUGCAGUCGAGGCUCAACGGCGGAACGUGUGGUCUGUAGAGAUCCGCACGAGAUAUGGGAUGACUGGGGCAAAAUCCCCGGCGAUGUGGCCACUCCCACACCCUUUGGUCCGGACUUUGCACGCCUCGUCCACGGCACGGAGCCGUGGGGCAAUGCAGAGGCUCCCGGUGAUGAAAUCCCACCAUAUGCGACCAAGCUCACCAAGAGAGCAAUCAGAGACUUCAAGAAGCAUGCACGUUGGAUUGAUCCAGCGAGGGAACAGUUCUGGUUAGAGCUACUGCGUUGA